AUGUGGAUGUUAUCGGAUCCACUUCGUACCUGGUAUCUCGGCAUUCGGGAUUCCUACGCCCGCUCCCGACUCGACGUGUUUCGUAUUUCGCUAUAUACCGAGACCGCGCAUUUCAACAUGCGAGGACUGCCACGUCGCUGCCAUUCCAAGUCUCGACAGGGGUGUGUGCCAUGCAAAAAACGCCGCGUCAAGUGUGAUGAGAAAAAGCCGGCGUGCAGUUUAUGUUUGAAACGAGAGCAGGAGUGUACUUAUGAGACACCCCAACCAAGAAGAAAACCCUUUUCGGGCUUACCAAGCGAUACUGAUGAGACAACCAUUGGAAGUCAGCCAAACACUCCCAAAAAUGAAAUUGUUGCACCUUUGUCGAGAUUACAAGAGAUGCGUCUCUUUCAUCACGCCUUCAUUGCAACGACUCCUUCCCUAGCCAAGGAUGAAGUGGACAUGGACUUUUGGCAAACGGGGCUUCCCCAGAUCGCAACAAACCAUGAUUUUGUCAUGAGCGGCUUGUUAGCAGUCGGCGCGCUCCAUGUUGCAUCAUUAGAAGUUGAAAAGUCCUCCUCAUGGCUGGAAAUUGCCCUCACAUAUCAAAACCAAGCCAUCGGCGGCUUAGGCCAUAACCUGAGCUGCAAUCCGCAGAACCUCGAGGCGACCUUUGCCUGCUCAAUUUUGGUACUUAUCUUCGUCACCGGAUACCCAUGCGUCUGCAAAGACGGACAUUCAGAUGAUCCCUUGCACGAGAUUCUGAUGAUUCGUUCGUUCCUGGGCGGAUGUUCAAUUUUGAUCGAUAAAUUAAAGGAAUAUCACCCAGGCGAGAAAGCAUCCAUGCACCAAUGGAUCCAUCGGAGUAGCGAAAGUGAAGAGUAUCUUUCAACCAACAGAUCCAAAGUCAAUAGAGUUUCAUCGCCAUGUGAGGAUGAGCCGAAGCUAAUGAAUGCGACCAGGUCGGCAAAAAUCAAAGUUCAAGACUUCCAAGCAGUCAUUGAUCAAAGUCACCCUCCACAGCGAGACAUUUGUCAAAAGACGUACGAGCUGCUCGUGGAAGUGUUUGAUAGGUGGCCAGCUGGAAAUGGAAAUUUAGGAUGGCCUCUAGAGGUCAGCGAUGCAUUUAUCGAGAUGGUGAGGCAGGGAGACUGGUUAGCUCGUAUUCUUUUGAUGUUCCAUGGUCUGGCUAUGCAUUUAUCUUCGCGAAAGUGGUUUGCCCACGGGUCGGGUCGGAGGUUGAUCUUGGGUACUUUACGACAUGUGGAAGAUAUUCCGCCUGAAUGGGUGGACCUAGUCCAGUGGAUUAGACAGGCAGUAGAGUCCUAA